AAGGACUUGGAGAAAUUCAACAUGCAAAAUGUGUCAGAUUAAAUCUAUCUGAACGUUAAUGGUAUUUAAUCAGGGCAUAUUCAUGUUGUAUGGCAAUGCUUCUUUGGAUAUGCGAAACAUACAUGCUGAUAGUCGCUUGAAGAAUAUCAACAAGUUUAACGUUAGCUAACAGCUAAACUUGAGUUGCAUUCCAUAGAUAGAUGGCUAUCUGUCGUAUUUAGAGCUCACCUCAAGAGUACCAUCUUUGCUUGCAAGUUGCAUGAACAACAAAUAGUCUCGAAAACCCGACCCUGUUGCCUAGGGUCAAUUUUUCGAGUCUAAAAGACUAACGGACCCCCUUUACGCCCUUAAAUGCACACGGGUCAAAGAAAACCAGAUAGCGAGCUACAGUAGCUUGCUAUGAAUAUUUACCCUUUGACGAGCCAGGGAGGUCUGCGCAUGUCUGCAACGUUUCCAAGUUGUUACAGCAAGCAAGAUCUCCAGUUAACCCUGAUGAUUGUACGUCAGUUCACCAGCAGAGGCGUCACCUCUCAUCUGUGUGCCCGAUUUAAAGAGACCCAGAACAGACCGGUCAUGGCCAGACCCAGCUCAGACCUAGUAGCGUUCCGAGAGGUGUUCUCGAAAGCCAAACGCGUGGUCAUCUUGACUGGAGCAGGGGUUAGUGCUGAGAGUGGUGUCCCAACCUUCAGAGGAGAAGGAGGCUUCUGGAGGAAAUGGCAAGCCCAGGACCUGGCCACCCCUGGGGCGUUCAGUCAGAACCCAUCCAGGGUGUGGGAGUUCUACCACUACCGCAGGGAGGUGAUGCUGACGAAGAGCCCCAACUCGGCUCACGUGGCCAUAGCAGAGUGUGAGGCCAGGCUGCAGAAACAGGGGCGCCGCGUCACCGUCAUCACACAGAACAUCGAUGAGCUACAUCGCCGAGCCGGAUCCACCAACAUUUUGGAGAUGCAUGGCAGUUUGUUUAAAACCUGCUGUAUGAGCUGUGGUCAUGUUGGGGUUAACCACAAGAGCCCCAUCUGUGCUGCCCUGGAAGGCAAAGGUGCUCCAGACCCCAACACCAGUGAUGCUCAGAUCCCUCCUCAUGACUUACCCAGGUGUGAGCAGGGUGGCUGUAGUGGUCUGCUCAGGCCUAAUGUGGUCUGGUUCGGGGAGACUCUGGACUCAGACAUCCUGACUCGCGUUGAAGAGGAACUAGACCUCUGUGACCUCUGCCUAGUGGUAGGUACGUCCUCCAUAGUGUACCCAGCAGCCAUGUUUGCUCCCCAGGUGGCGGCUAGAGGAAUACCUGUAGCUGAAUUUAACAUGGAGGAAACACCCGCCACCAUGCGCUUCAGGUUCCACUUCCAGGGCCCCUGUGGGACCACCCUGCCCCCUGCACUGGCACGCCACAACAAUGAGCCCUGAUAGCGCAGUAUACAUAGACCAGACUCUAGUGCUGGAUGGGUGUGCUCAGGGGUGUAUUCAUUAGGGCAAAACAUUUAGCAACAGUUAACGUUUUGCAACACAAACAAGUUCUUAUUGGACCAUUUCAGGUUAGUCGCUCUUCGUUUCAGCCAUCUGCUUCUGUUUGGUUCCUAAAGAAUUACACCCCAGUUUUGUGAAUGUAAUGUAUGCUAUAGAAAACAGACUGUGCUGACAAUACCCCACACUCCCACUCUGGAUUUGUGUUUAAUUGCAUGAAAUGACAACUAUGUUUAAAAAAAAAAAUAAAUCACAAUUAUGACGUC